AUGACUCCAACAGCGGCUCCCCUUUAUCCGGAAGCGACACUCGUUCCGGUUCUCUCUUUCGUCUCCAUGAUUCUCAGUAUCAUCCCACUGGUAAUGCAUUGGAAAAACAGAAACUUUCCUGCAAGCAGCCUUAUUUGUUGGUACCUGGUGCUCAACCUCUUUAACAUAGUGAACGCUCUGAUCUGGCCGACGGACGACGUGGACUCCUGGUGGGAUGGCAAUGGACUCUGUGAUAUUGAGGCCAAGGUCAUGAUUGGCAGUUACAUAGCUAUCCCAGGGACUUUGGUCUGUAUUUUUCGCAGCCUGGCCCACGUCCUAGACACUAGCCGUGCGAAUCUCGUUCCAACCAAAUCACAACGUUGGUGGAAUCGAGGGAUGGUCCUCUUGUUCUGCGUGAUCGCCCCGAUGAUAGCCAUGCUCACGCACUACAUCUAUCAGGGAGGGAGAUACUUUCUGUUUGCUAUUGCUGGUUGCCUCAAUAGCUACGACCAAAGCUGGGUGACCCUUGCGCUAGCAUGGAUCUGGCCGCUUAUCAUUUGCUUGAUUGCCGCAUACUAUUGUGUUAUCGUACUGCAUCGCCUUGCCAAAUACCGAAGCCAAUUCGGAGACAUACUUCAGUCGGCCAAUAGUAACUUGACCAAAUCGAGGUUUAUGCGGCUGUUCCUCCUUGCCUUCGUCAUGCUGUGGGCCAUCCUUCCCGUUCAAGCCUAUGUUAUCUCUUCAAACAUAAUUCUUACACAGCCGUGGCACCCAUACUCGUGGAGUACUCUUCACUCGCCCAACUGGAACCAGGUCAUCAAAGUUCCUACGGGGGGACAUGUUUUCUACGACCGCUGGAUCCCAGUUGCUUCGGGGUUUGUGUUCUGUAUCUUCUUUGGGAGUGGUAGGGAUGCUUCGAAAAUGUAUUGCAAGAUCUUGGGAUUCCUGGGCUUCGGCUACUUCUUUGCUUCUCUCCAAUCAUCGACAGCAAACGGCUCCCAUGCGACAGGGUCCACGGGUAGCCGAGCAAAGUUACUAUUCCAUAAAACAUGGAUGACCACAACACGGACACACGUUAACAGCUCUGUUGACGCUGCUCGGUCUACUCGUGACUACCGUGAUAUUGAAAAGGGCGCGACGUCUCGAGCUACGCAAUCGAGGUGGGCAUCGUGGUACAGACGGCCCUGGUUUUUGCAAAGCAGAAGUCACUCUUCCAGCCCGGAAGGAAUGGUCUCCUUGCACCAUAUGCCUGAGCCGACAAACACAGUUUCCACCAAUGCCUGGGCUGGGGUGAGUCAGAGUCGUGGAAGUAGUGACAUUGGAACCACGCCGCUUGCGGGGGAUCAUAUUCGGGUGAAGCAAGUGAUCAGUCAGGCGAGUGAGGUGCACGCCUAA